AUGUCUACUGCCGACUCAAAGGGAAAAAGCGGUUUUCCGUGCAUCGCUUUCAGUAUUUGUAAGAAAGAAAGAUAUCACCCAAACUCGACGCCCGACGGCUUCAAACAGUGGUGUCGUCAUCUGAAGGCUUCAUUUCGACUUGAUAUUCUCACUGAUGCUUUGAGCCUAGAAAGCUUGAAGGGGGUGGAUGUUUUAGUGUUUGGCACUCCACGUGAUGAGUUUUCGAACUCUGAGUUGGAUAUUCUGAGAAGUUUCUCCAAAGGCGGAGGUGGCAUCAUGUUCAUGCUUGACGAAGGCGGUGAAUGCAUGUCGAAGACAAAUGUAAAUUGCUUCACAGAAAACUACGGAAUAUCUGUAAAUGAUGACUGUGUUGUGUGCACCUCGAUGCAAACCUGCGACCAUCCUAGAGCACCAUCGGUAUCAUACAGGAUGUCAAACUAUCACAAAUCCGAAUCAUUAUUAGACAGGGGUGUAGUCCCACAACUUAGGGAAGACGGAACGCAACGAAACAGCCACGCGCGGACACUUUCAUCGGAAAACGUUGAACGACUAUCAGUCGCCUUGCCUUCUUGUACGACCCUCAGGGUGCAGAAGCCUGCUACGAUUGUUCUGUCAACGGGGAGGCUAGCAUACCCUGUUCAACAUGCAGUCGGCGCAGUUUCGAAAGGAUCAGUAAAAUGGGGUGAGUGUGGGCGGAUCGCAGUAUUAGGCUCUGGGAAAAUGGCAGUCGAUCAGUGGUAUGAUCGGGCAGACAAUUGCAAGAUACUGGACUUGCUUCUACAUUGGCUUGUACCACAGUUUUUGCCGAAAGCACGCAACUUACCCACGGAAGACCUCGACAUCAUCGACCAUAACUAUAUAUCGGAUAUGCAAGCACUUGCAAAUCGCCCAAGGAGCUGUCUGCACGAGACAGAUGAUUCUCCAAAAGAUUUCGCAAGUUUAUUCGGUUCAAAGAGAAUACAUUUGUUUCAAAGUAUUACCGCUCCAGAGACGGCGCUAUUGCGUGAUAAAAUAAGCAUGAAAGUCGCUAGACUUUCCCUGAUUGCUCCAAGCUAUGCUGAAUUGUUGAUGCCGAUGCAGUUUGCCGCAUUCCCGGCAGCAACCCGAGAACAUCCGCCCCCAUGUCUUGAACUUCUAGACCUUGAGGAAGAGUUCACCUCAGAGUUUAAACGACUCAACGUGCUCAGCAUACGAGGUCGGCCGACCCUUGAUGAUGAACAUAUUGGAACCUUUGUUCAUGAUGUUGCACGAGUGUGCGGCCUUCACAUAGAUUCCAUGAGAAUCUCGCAAAUCCACGAUUCAACUCCAACGGCUAUACUCAAAAACAUUUUCACACAUUUAAUGCACUUGAAAAGCUCGCCGAUAAGACCCGUACGAAGCUAGAUGAAAAUCAUGAGGAGUGAGAAGUUUGUUCAUGUCGAAACCAAGACUAGAUAAGCUAGCUAGCUCACAUCAAACGAUCAGAGUCCAAAACCAACGCCAACUUUCAGCACUGUCAAGAUAUCAGGAUUUCCGCCUCGCAAAGAUCAGAAAGGUUUUAGAUUUGACGCAAAUCAAGGUCAAGAUGAUCAUCAUCCGCAGAACUGACCAAUCUCGGCAAGAUUCUUACAUCACUCAACUCGAACCCACCGUCGGCUCCUCGGUUUGUUCCGUGAAAGCAAUCAAGCUGCGAGAGUCAUUAAUAUCAACAAGUUCGGUCCAUAUC